AAGUAUCUGCGUACGGUGGUCUGCACGCCUGGUCCGCCGGCGGUGAGUGCAUGAGGUUGAUCAGCUGCAGUCGAAGGCGAAGCUACUGCGUCGCCACUUGCUGCCUUGUCCAAGCCGAGGAGCUGCAUCUCGCAUGAGCUGAAGCAAGGCUUACUUAUCUGCUCGGCCACAUACACUGGAGAUCUGCGCCGUCAUGGCCAAGCACGAGAGCGGUCGUGAACUUCGCGCUUUCGUAGCAGAAAUCAAAGUGUCGUCAUCACAUGGCAAGUUUUGACAUCUUCACAGCUUGCCUCAACGGGCAAGCAAAUUUGGUAGCUUCGGCGAUCAGUAGAGACCACGAAUUGAUCAACAAGCAAGACCCCAAUUCAGACGGGAGGACAGCAUUGCAUCAUGCCUGCACGGCAGGCUCGCUAGACACAGUCACCGCUCUGCUGAGCACGAACAGAGCCGACGUGAACGCGAGAGAUGGCAGCGGGUUCACGCCUUUGCUCGUCGCUUGCGCGGCAGGUCAACUGGGCAUUGUGCAAGCUCUCAUCGGUGCGGGAGCGGACGUCACUGCAACCAAUGCAAGAGGUCAGACGGGCCUGCACUAUGCAGCGAGUAGAGGGAACGUGCCUGUCGCGACGGCGUUACUCGCCAAAGGCGCAGAUGUCAACGCGCGCGACAGAGGUGGUCAAUUGCCAUUGUUCGUCUUUGCCCAUUCGCUCGACAUGAGCCAGUACUGACGCUUGGUCCAAACAGACAUAGAGCGGCAUCGAUGGGUUCGGUGCCGUUCAUCCAGCUCGUAUUGAAAGCCAACCCGGGCGCAAAGACGCCAUCGCAAGGCAAGCCGAGACUGAACACGCUCGACAAUAAUAGCAAUACGCCCUUGCAUCUCGCCAUCGAGUCUG